UUUUCUAACUAUCCUAUUUCCGGUAGUUUCAGCUGCAUGCCGUAACAUGUGUUGAUGUUUGUUUUCUUUGACUUUAUUGAAGUUACUAGUCUUGAUCGAGAUGGCAGCAGCCCCUGGCGGUUUCCCUCAAUUGGAUCCCGAGAGCACAGUUAAACAGUUCCGGGAAUUCUUGUCUUCCUACAACAAACUUUCUGAGCAGUGUUUCCAGGAUUGUGUUAAUGACUUUACCACCAGGAAGGUGCUGGACGGAGAGAGUAGCUGUUCAACAAACUGCUUGGAGAAGUAUCUGAAGCUGACGCAGCGGAUCUCACAGCGCUUCCAGGAGUAUCAGAUGACGCACUCUGACGGAGGAUCUACCAUGACACAGAUGGCAUCUGGUGGCAACUGAUGAGGCAACAGCAGCCUGAAGGGGAGAUAACUGUGUUGAAGGAUGCAGGUCUAUGUUCCACCUAUAUUGCAUCCGCCUGAUUAUUCAUCCAUGGGAAAGACAUUGCAUCUGAGAAUUUAGGACUUCAUAACUUUAUGGAUCAGUCAUAUCCAAAUAUUGACUGUUUUGAUAUUGUUAGCUUUGUGUUUUAUAAUGAAUUUAGAAACACUCUUAAAUAAAAAGGAAGACUAGUUCCUGCAAAAUUGUUUUCCUGGCUGGUUCGUUUCCGGUCCUUUAGACCACUCUUUGUCAGAAUAAGUCUCUCAACAAGGCACUUAUUACCCUUACAACAUUUACGAGUAAUGGUGAUGGGAGCAUGGUUUACAUAUUGGCAAAUGCAAUUGGUUGUUGCUGUAUUUUGUCACAGCGCUGUGACAAACAAUUCAAAAUGUUCUGAGGGGCAGUCGGGUAGCCUAGUGGUUAAAGCGUUCGCUCGUCACGCCAAAGACCCAAGUUCGAUUCCCGACAUGGGUACAAUGUGUGAAGCCUAUUUCUGGUGUCCCCCGCCGUGAUAUUGCUGGAAUAUUGCCAAAAUUAUCUAUUUGGCCAAUUUUUUUUUUAUAUAAUGCUUUGAAAAUAUCUGCUGUUACACUGUUUGAGAAUAUCCCAUGAGUGUCAUUUAUGGUGGAAUAAUCAUUCUAAGUACGUGGCAUUGACCAGUUUGAGAAACCUGCAUGCCGGUGGCCGAUGUAGGUGGAAGCCAGGGAGCAGUGCAACAUGGGAAAUUUGUGUGAUGGUGCUUUAUAGGUGUGUGAAUGGAUAGUGUACGGAUGCAUUUAUCAUAAUUUUAAUGUUUGGAUAGAAAAGUGUGAUAACAUUUUCACAUAUAUUUCUGUGUGCAAACAUGUCAAAUGUAACAUACUUCAUGUGUCCAAUUGUUUUGUCCAAGACAAAUACAUGUAAUAAGAAUAAAAUUGCUGAUUAUCAGAAA